AUGGAGGCUCUUUCCUGUGUUGCUAGUGGCAUGGCUGUUGCCUCCCUAUCAAUACAGCUCAUUGACUCCAUCGUGAUCAUCAAGACCUUCAUUCGCAAUGUCAGGGAUGCACAACAAGAGUUGGAACGUUUGGUGGACUUACUGGAGCGUCUUGAAGCCUUGUUGGAAGACGUCCGCGCCCUGACGGAACAGCAGACAUCAUUACAGGCAGAAAAUUUUCCGAUGCCCUCAAUGACGAUCUUCAAAUGUCUGAAGAGCUGUGAGAAGAUACUUGAGCCAUUCCAUGCGAUGGUCGAUAAGUAUACUCCCACAACAUCGAAAGCUGGCACACGUAUGAAUAAACUCAAAACCGGAUUGAGGUUCAGUCUCAAGGCAAAGGAUGUUAAAGAUUUUGAAAAGCGAAUCGAGAGAGAAAUCGGAUUUCUAAAUGCCAGCCUCGGUGCGAACUGCGGAGCCAUCUUAAUGCAACUUGGCCCUGUAUUACUCAAAAACCAAAACAACAACGAAGCCAUUUGUCCAAGCUAUAUGAAAAUUCCCAUCCCGGACAGCGAAUCUGCGAUUGUAUCCUCUAAAGAGGAUAUAGCCUCGUUAUCGACCACGAGAACUACGCGUGCUUCAUUAUCAGUAGUACCAGUCCAUUGGUCACUUCGAAGACUAGGGGUACAUCGGCGGAAAAUAGUUCGACGUAUGCCAGGAAACUUGGAGCAAAGGAGUUCAGGCUCCGAAUAUGACCAUGAACCCAUCGUUUCUGAAGACUAUGAGACAACUUUGUUCUGGAGCGUACUCGGUUACGGACUGACGUGGAUUCAGCGCCGGUCAUUCGGUGUAAUGUUGCCGAGCCUCAGCACAUUUCCGGUGGUUGACGAAUUUCCAAGCGAUAUUCAUUCUGCCAUGGAAAAUGGUGGAAUCCAAGAGUUUCAAGACUUGCUUCAUCGCGGGGUGAUACACCCAUUCUCGCGCGAUUGUUCUGGGAAAUCUUUGCUUCAUAUUGCUGCAGUCUAUUCUAGGGCAGAUAUCUAUCUAUUGCUUCUAAGGCUCGGCCUAAAACAAAGCCGCAAUAUUUGGGGGAAUUCUCCUUUGCGAUAUGCACUAUCCUGGGGUGAACCUUCUCUGACCCACGACAGAAUCACCAUAUGUCGUUAUGUACUUGAAGACACGGAGUUAUCGGUAGAUCUCGACUUUUAUCUAAGGGGUUGGUGUUUUGCCCCCAAAGAAUCUAAGAUGAUUCAGUGGCUGUAUCAACAAAGCAAAGGUAUUCCCCUCCGCGAAGAUGCCUUAAGAACACAACUUAUUGUCAUUGAAGCGUUUUGUUCAAUGAUGAGUGGAAAGCAGUAUGCCUCACAAACUUUCCUAGCCAAGUAUGAUAGUCUUGAUGUAAAAUCAGAUGUAUUUGAUCAUUUACAGCUAGGAGGAGGUUCUCUGCUCAAAAGUCUCUUCAGGCUCUGUUCGAGGAGCGAAACUUCUUUCGAAGUAGGGGGCGAUUUUCUCGAAUGGCUAUCAAACUCAGGAGUCAAUGUGGAGCAGUUUGUCAGUAAUCAGAUUGCAAAUCUUGGUUCGGAAGCCUUGCUCAAAAGCUUGCUUCAUCAUAAUGAUAGAAGAGUUGUAUUUCGAGCUCUUGAAACGGGCGAGUGGGAGCUUGGCUUUGAGUGGGAAUUGGACGAAGAAGCAUGUGGUUAUCUGCUUGUUUCAGAGUACCAGUCCUUGACAGUUGAAGCCAAGUAUGGCCGGGGAUGGCCAUUCUUUGAUUUCGACGAUGGCUGGUGGCCACAGAGAUACAAAGAAUGGGAAGCCAAGCGGAACGUCCACUUCCAACGCCGCAUGGCUGCCAAAGCUCGCAAAGAACGCACACGAAGUGGUCAAAAGAUACCAAGAAGCAGGAUACCGGGAGCAUGGAUAUACUGA